GUUAAUUACCAGUUUCUGUCCUUUGCAUGUUUGUAUUUUGAAUGAUCACUUUCCUACUGAUUUCCGAUUUCUUUGGUUUCGCGCUUUGGUUUUGUUACCCUGUUUUCAUGUUUUGAUACGUCUUCGUGCGCUGUCUGCUCUUCUUUCAGCAUUGUUUCUACUGUGUGAUAGCCCAAAACAUACUUUAGAAUUAGCUUGUCAGACUGAAUGAAGAAUAGUUAGGUUUGUUAUUUUGUUAUUGCAGGUUAAUGUGUGGAGAGAUUAUUUAAUCUUUUGGAGUUUAAUAUGCUUUUCCUAAAUGAAGCAUUUGUUUAAUGCUGCAUUCAAAGAUAAAAAUUAACAUUGUCAUGUCUCACGUUCUUUGGCAAUAAUUGUGGUUUUACUUAGCUUAUUUCUUUUCUGAACACAAGUUGUCUGAGCUGUUGCAAAAGAAUCCUUGUGGGUGGUAAAAUUCUGUCCUCUUUUCUGGGUCUCAUUUUUCUAGCAAUCCCCAAGGUGCGGCUGGAGACCAUCUACAUUUGUGGAGUGGAUGAGAUGAGUACCCAGGACAUCUUCUCCUAUUUUAAGGAAUACCCGCCAGCUCACAUUGAGUGGUUGGACGACACCUCGUGUAAUGUGGUUUGGCUGGACGAAAUGACAGCCACACGAGCCCUUAUUAAUAUGAGUUCUCUGCCAGCCCAGGAUAAGAUCAGAAGCAGGGAUGCCAGUGAAGAAAAGUCAUCUGAGAAAAAUAAAAAAGAUAAGCCGGAAGACAGUUCCGAUGACGACGAGGCUGAAGAAGGAGAAGUUGAAGAUGAAAACGCAAGUGAUGUGGAGUUGGACACACUGUCUCAGGUAGAAGAAGAGUCUCUCUUAAGAAAUGAUCUUCGUCCAGCUAACAAACUAGCUAAAGGAAAUAGAUUGUUCAUGAGGUUUGCUACAAAAGAUGACAAAAAGGAGCUUGGAGCAGCCAGACGGAGUCAGUAUUACAUGAAAUAUGGGAAUCCAAAUUACGGAGGCAUGAAAGGAAUUCUUAGCAAUUCUUGGAAGCGAAGAUACCAUUCCCGUCGCAUUCACCGGGACGUGAUCAAGAAGCGAGCUCUGACUGGGGAUGACGUCGGCUUGACCUCAUACAAGCACCGACAUUCCGGACUAGUGAAUGUUCCUGAGGAGCCCAUCGAAGAGGAGGAGGAAGAGGAGGAGGAGGAGGACCAGGACAUGGAUGCCGAUGACCGGGUGGUGGUGGAGUACCAUGAGGAGCUCCCUGCCCUCAAGCAGGCCCGGGAGCGGAGCGCGUCCAGGCGCUCGAGUGACAGCAGCUCGGACUCAGAUGAAAUGGACUAUGAUCUGGAACUGAAAAUGAUUUCCACCCCUUCACCAAAGAAAAGCAUGAAAAUGACCAUGUAUGCCGACGAAGUGGAAUCUCAGUUGAAAAAUAUUAGGCUUCUUCUAAACGUGCUUCCCAGGGGACACGGCUUGCAUCGGGGGCUGCUUGCAGGCAUGGACACCACCCUGGAAACCCGGAACUUCCCAUUUCUCCACCAUUCUGUCUGUAGUAGGCCGAUCAUGGCUUUUGUUAGAAAACAAAUCACAAUGGAUGUAUGGAACUCCAUGAAGGCAGAUAGCAUUUCCACAAGCAAUAUCAAAAACCGAAUCGGUAACAAAUUAUCAACAGAGAAGUUUGCAGAUGUCCGGCAUCUGCUAGAUGAGAAGCGGCAGCAUUCAAGGCCACGGCCUCCAGGCAGCAGCGCCAAAUCAGAUAUACGCCAGCGGUUAGGCAAGAGACCAUAUUCUCCAGAGAAGGCUUUCAGUGCUAACCCGAUGGCUCGGCGAGACCCCCCUUCCGACGUGCACAGUAGGCUGGGUGUUCCCAGGCAGGAUGUUAAAGGCCUCUACUCGGACACUCGGGAGAGGAAGUCAGGUGGCUUAUGGAAUCGCUUAGGAUCUGCACCCAAGACCAAAGAAAAGAACCUGAAGAAAGUGGAUCCCAGGGUACCCGGCACUGAGGAAGAUGAUUCCGAGCUGCAAAGGGCGUGGGGGGCUCUGAUUAAGGAGAAAGAACAGUCUCGCCAAAAGAAGAGCCGGUUAGAUAACUUACCAUCUCUCCAGAUUGAAGUUAGUCGGGAAAGCAGCUCUGGUUCCGAGGCAGAGUCCUGAUGCCCCUGAGCUUGUGGCAGCUGCCCUACAGCUUGGCCUUCUCACACGGGGCGGGCACCCGGUAGGAGGCUCCCCCUGCAGGAGUGGGCAUCCUCCUGCCCCGACUCGUCUAGUCACUGGGCUCUUGGCUCUCGGCCAAGACGUCUGUAAGCAUGUGAUGCAUUUGGAAAGGCAUCUCUCUGGCUUUGGAUGCAGAGUUGUAGUUUGGGCCCUUGGUUCUUUUCCCACCACCCCUUAAGCUUUAUACCCUGAGGAAAAAAAAGGCAGCCCUCCAGAUUUUGUAGAGGUUUUUCUUAGUAUUUUUAACAUUGUGUCUUUUAAAAGAAAUGUUUUACACAGUUCAUCCAAAGAGCAGAGAACUGAACUUCUCACUAUUGCCUUGGCCCUGACAGCUGUUACCAGCACCCUUUUCCCAAGAAAAGUCAGUUCCCAGGUGCUUAUUGGACAGCCUUCGAGGGGGAAGAUGAGGGAAGCUGCCAGCUCAGCCUUCCGGGACCCUAGUGUGGGGGCCGAAUCUCAAGGACCUGACCUCAGAGGUACACCUGUGCCGCCCACGUAGCUGAGAGACCCAGCGUUGACCGCCCUUCCUCUCCUCCCUGGGGGGUUCUGUCAGAGGCCUCUUACUGGCUGUUGGCUUGACAUCAAGUUCAGUGCUAUGGGGGUCUUUUACGGGGAAAAAAAAACUGUGACUUCUGGAUUUGGGGUUGAUUUUGGGUUAGGGGUGGGGUCGUGGGUUCAUGUUGAACAAUUUUUAAGUAUUAUGUUGAAGAAAUACUGAUGAUUUAAAAGUUUAAAUUUUUAAUUUUUAUAUGUGGAAAUUCUUCCUGUUGGUUACAGGGGAAGCUCAAGUAGUGUCUUCUUUUGUGCUGUUAAAUAUAUAUUAUAUACUUUGGAAGAAGGCAAAGAGAGGAGUCUCAUUAUUUUUAAAUGCCUCUAACUGAUAGUCUGUGCAUUGUACAUAGGGCUCCGCUCGCUUUGGGUCCAUGGUAGCAAAAAGUCCACCCAUCUGAGAUGGGGAACUGUGUCAUCACUUCAGAAGUGAUGCCUUAAUAUUUAUUCUUUCUGUCUCCAAGUUGUGGCACUCCAAGACUGUUUUAAAACUAGCAAAUAAGAGAAUAAGAAAAAUUUUCAUUGGCUUAGUUUUAAACUCCCUUCAGAUAAUUUUCCUUCAGAAAGGAAAUUCUGUUGUCUUCCUCUGAUUUUUAUCUAGAAGUAUUUAAUUUGGUUUCCCUCUGCAGGCUGAGAAAUAGUGUUUCAUUUCAGUGCACUAGAACUUGAGAGUCCAGUACACAGUAAGCCUCGUCCCUUUUGUGAUGUCCCAGUUGGCCACCAGCCUGCAGUGUCCUAGCGGAACCCUGGACCCCAGAGACCUUGACUUGUGGCUGAGCUAGUGGUCACAGAUUCCCCUGGGGUCCGGGAGAAUCUGGAAUACGGAACACAUUGGUCUCAAAGAAAGCAGAGGGCUUUUGUUUUCUUGAAACAUGAAAGCUGUAGCAACAGCUAUGUGGUACUAUGUGGUUUUGGUUCCCCUGCUUUCCCUCCGUCUGGAAAGGCUAGUGCGUAACCACUGCAAGACCCAGCUGCCCGUGCCAGGUCAGGGAUGGGGCCAGUGUCUCUGCUGAUUGAGACCUCAGGUCUCUGAGCUUUCUCCGUUCUUG